AUGUACCUGAAAGAAGGAUGCUCGCUGCUGUUGAAAGUUCAAAAGCCCAUUAUCCCAUUUGUCCUCAACACAAAUCUCAACGUGAAACUCCUCCCCGAAUCUCCAAACCCUUCCACAGAGAUCAAAGAAUUCGAUGUGGUAAAGAGGCUGAGGCAAGAGCCCUGCGUCCCUUUAGCUUUGCAGUUCUUCAAAUCCAUCGCCAAUUCAAAUCUCUUCAAGCACACGCCUUUGACAUUCGAGGUGAUGAUCAGAAAGCUAGCAACGGAUGGUCAGAUCGAUAGUGUUCAGUAUCUUUUGCAGCAAAUGAAACUCCAAGGUUUCCACUGUUCUGAAGAUUUGUUUGUUAGCGUGAUUAGUGUAUACAGGCAAGUGGGUUUAGCCGAAAGAGCCGUGGAGAUGUUUUAUAGGAUUAAAGAAUUUGGGUGUGAUCCUUCGGUUAAGAUAUACAAUCAUGUUUUGGAUACUUUACUCGGCGAGAAUAGGAUUCAGAUGAUUUAUACAGUCUAUAGAAAUAUGAAGAGAGAUGGGUUUGAGCCUAAUGUGUUUACGUAUAAUGUGCUUCUUAAGGCGUUGUGUAAGAACAAUAAGGUGGAUGGUGCUCAGAAGUUGCUGGUGGAGAUGUCGAAUAAAGGAUGUUCUCCUGAUGCUGUGAGCUACACUACUGUGAUCUCUUCUAUGUGUGAGCUUGGUAUGGUGAAGGAAGGUAAGGAACUCGCUGGAAGAUUUGAGCCUGUUGUGAGUGUGUAUAACGCUUUGAUUAAUGGUUUAUGCAAAGAUAAUGAUUACAAAGGGGCUUUUGAUCUGAUGAGGGAAAUGUUGGAGAAGGAGAUAUCUCCUAAUGUUAUCUCAUACUCAACGCUUAUCAAUGCGCUUUGCAGUUGUGGAGAAAUGGAGCUCUCUUUCUCGCUUCUUGCGCAGAUGUUGAAACGAGGGUGUCAUCCAAAUGUACAUACGUUGAGUUCUCUGGUGAAGGGUUGUUUUGUGAGUGGUACCACCGUGGAAGCUCUAGACUUGUGGAACCGGAUGGUGAGAGGGUUUUGCUUAGAGCCGAACGUUGUAGCGUUUAACACUUUGGUACAAGGAUUGUGUUCCCAUGGGAAUAUGGAGAAGGCUCUGUCUGUGGUCUCACACAUGGAGGAAAACGGAUGUUCUGCAAACAUCAGAACCUAUGGCUCUCUUAUCAACGGCUUUGCCAAACGAGGUAGCCUCGAGGGCGCGGUUGACACGUGGAAUAAGAUGCUGACUAGUGGAUGUUCCCCAAAUGUUGUGGUGUAUACAAGCAUGGUGCAAGCUCUCUGUAGGCACUCCAAGUUCAAAGAAGCUGAAUCUCUUAUAGAGAUCAUGUCCAAAGAAAACUUUGCUGCUCCUUCUGUGGCAACGUUUAACGCAUUUAUCAAAGGCUUAUGCGAUGUAGGGAGGCUUGACUGGGCAGAGAGAGUGUUUAUACAAAUGGAGGAGCAGUACAAGUGUACUCCAAACAUUGUAACAUUCAACGAGCUACUAGAUGGGCUCUCAAAGACGAACCGGAUGGAAGAAGCGUAUGGUCUCACUCGAGAGAUCUCCAGGAGAGGUUUGGAGUGGAGCUCGUCGACUUACAACACGCUUUUACAUGGAUCAUGCAAUGCAGGUCUUCCCUGGAUAGCUCUGCAGCUAGCAGGGAAGAUGGUGGUGGAUGGUAAAUCUUUAGAUGAGAUAACGAUGAAUAUGGUGAUACUAGCGUAUUGCAAGCAAGGGAAAGCUGAGAGAGCAGUCCAGAUGUUGGAUCAAGUUUCAUGCGGAGGAGGAAGAAAGUGGCGGCCUGAUGUGAUCUCAUACACAAACGUGAUUUGGGGUCUGUGCAGGUCUAGUAGUAGGGAAGAUGCAGUGGUUCUUCUUGAGAGGAUGAUAAGGGAAGGGAUUGUCCCAAGUGUUGCUACAUGGAAUGUAUUGGUUCGUCGUUUUAUUCUCGAUGACAACUUGAGCGAAUGA